GGGCAACUGCCACGUGGAGCGAGGAAGGCCGCCGGGGCGAGCAUCCAGCGUCCAGCAUCUGCGGACCACGUGUGGGAGUACCGGGCCCGAGAGAGCAGGAAACACCUUAUUACGAUCUCGGAUUACUCGCAGGCCGAGUCAGUCUCCGUUCCUUCCUCGGCCUUUUCGACCGCACUCGAGUCCGCGCCGAUCGUUCGUUUAAUUUCAUCCCUAACUUUGAUCGCUUCUAGACGCGAAGUCCGUGCUCGCGUACGUGGAUUCAUUUGAAGAGCACCAGACCUUUCUCUUGACAAAUCGAGGCCGCGGUCGGCUAGACUAGCGGAAUUCCGUUGAUUAACGACCAGUUGGCUAACAGGUGUUUGCCGGGUUUCCACGUGCGCGAUGCCGAGAUCGACGAUACGCGAUUCCUUCCUCCGAGCAACCGAGGACCUUCUGAGACACGGAGUUUCGAUGUCGGAACUGCGAUCGCGCUCCAUCCGCGUCCGGGUCGACUCCCGGAAGAAUCCACAUUCCCCGGAGUUCCGUAGAACCGCGAUCGCGGUAGCGUUGGCGAUCGGCGCGACCGGCGCGAUCGCUUUCGCGUUGAAUCGGAUCCUGGACUCCGGAGUCUUCGGCCGAUGUCUGGUCCCGGGUAGCUACCUGUCCUGGGAGUCCACCAGGCCGGUGUCCUCGUGCUCGUUUUGCCUCGGAGUGGAGAACGCCCUGCAGUUGCCAGGGAACUCGACCAGGAAGGAGUUCGAGCCUUACGCGUACUCUUCGAGGCCGAUCGUCGUAAAAGGAGCCGCCAGCCAUUGGCCGGCAUCCAGGGUCUUCGGCUUGCGCUUCUUCGGGGACCUCUACGACGGCAUCGAGGGCGCCUACGAGUCCGUCGAGGAGGACUGCCAGUUCCUGCACUUCAAGAGCGACUUCGACACCCUUCGCCGAGUCUUCUCGAUGGACGAGCUCCCGGAGUCCUGGUACGUCGGCUGGAAGAACUGCCACCCGGGAGUCCUCGAAGCCAUGGCCAGGUAUUACGAGGUCCCGAGGUUCCUUCCGGAGGACGCCGAAGUGCCUCGCGCCAACUACGUCUUCCUGGGACAUCAACAGGGCGCUCCCAUGCACCUGGAUUAUAUCCCUCGAUUGAUGUGGCAAGCUCAGCUGAUCGGCGGCAAGACGUGGAGGGUGGCACCUACUCCGGAAUGCGACCACUCCUGCAAGUCCUUCGAGUUUUCCGCCGCUCCUGGAGACAUAGUUCUCCUCGACACCAGAGUUUGGUACCACGCGACCUUCGUCGACGAGGGAAGGUCCGACCUGACUCUGGCCCUUGCCUCGGAAUACGGAUAAAUGGAACGUAUAAAAGCCUCCUCGGUCAAUGUACGCACGCAAGAAAAAAAAAUCACAUGACUUACGGUGCGUCUCCGUCUCGCCCGUUAUCCGGACUUGACCGCAUCGGGAAAUCAUUUCCGAACCCGUUCCUUGAAACUCGUCAGGAUUCGCACGGCCCUCAGAAAUUUAAUCUACAAAACGUAACAAGAGAUGAGGCACGUCGCGUACACGCACUGCACUUUAUUUCCUCCUACGUUGUACAUAUACAUUGCAAAUCUCAUAAAACACGCGACAGCGGAAAAUUCGCGUGACGGAGAAAAUGUGAAAUAUACAUAUAAUAUAUAAACUA